AUGUCAGGAAACUCAUUGUUGACACAGGGGCUCGAGCCACUGGGCAGCAAGUCCAAGGCGAUUCGCAACAAGCUUAACGAGCUGUACGCAAUGGACAAUGCACUACAAGCGGCGCACGAGCAGGCCAAAUGCAACGAUGACUUUGGUGAAGAAGUGGUGACCAAAGAAGCAGAAAAUUUAAGGCCUUGGCAGCUACGGAUGACAAUUGACGACCUAGAGCUGACGUUAAUGCAGCGUCGCGAGAAGAAAAAGGAGAGGGAUAGCAACAAGAGCAACGACUCGUCGUGUAUGGAGAUUCAAGAACCAAUUCAAAGUGAACAGUCAACACGAGUGGCAGUGGCGUUUGUCGGCCCUACACUCAUCGCUCUAUUGAUUGCAAUGCUGUGGUACCAUUACAACGCCUAA